UUUUCUUAUGUUGAACUUGUGUAAUUUCCGCACAUGGCGAACCAUGAUUGAAACCAAAACUUGUACGCAAAAUAUAACGUGCAUCUCUGUCGUUUAUGCAGUUUAUUUCCAUGAAUGACUGAAACACUGCCGGAGGACGAUUUAUCACACUCACAGAAUGAUAAAGAGCCUUCGAGCGGUUGUCUUUCCCAUUCGCCGCAGCGGGUGGAGUUCGUCUGGCGUCUUCGCAAGAGUCGUCUGACGUUCAUUUAUUUUGAGUGAAGCACAGUUAUUUGUUUUCCUCUUCUCAGAAUGAGUCAAGAUAUGCUAACUAUGGUGCUUAAACUUAUUCACAGCGAUGGCGAGGACCUUGUUCUGCUAGACAAAUUAUCUACGUCUUGGGGAACGCUGGAAGCAGGGGAUGGAGUGUCUGACUUAUGCCACAUAACAAAUUGUUUUUUAAACCAUACACUAGGCGACAAAGAGCUACUGUCGACAGCACAGAAGGGGACCCAACUGUUACCGAAGACUGUUGUCGCAUUCAUAAUAAGUAGCUUAAGAAACCCUGAGUCGUGCCAUUUUGACAGCGCAGAGGUGUCUCACAUCGCAGAAGUCGUUGAACAGCUUUUGAAAUUUACAGAUUAUUAUACAGAAAAUACAGAAGAUUAUUCUGGGACUCCCGUCAUUUUCGAGGAGCUUGCUGGAGCAAUCAGCUCUUGUUUGGGGCAGUUGGUAACUGCUGCAGACUUCGACAAUCCACCUGCGGCCUUGUAUCUUUCUAUUGCUAGCCUACUGCCACUUGCAAAAGCAUUUCAGAGCGUUUCGCUUGAUGAAUGUUACGCCCACAUUUUGAGACUGCUGAUGUCUGGGAAGUCUCAUGAUGUUACAACAUACAUUCUGACGAGGUUCCUCCCUGCUAUUUCGAGUUCAAGACAGUUUGCAUCUUUCAUUGAGAAAGCCUUCUCGUUCAUUGUCUCACUUUUCUCCACCCAUACUUCCGACGAUCUGGCAGAAGUGUGCCCGCAUAUGUACGUGAUCCUAACUUCAUUUAUUGAACAUGUUCAUUUUACUUUUGGUAAGGCUAGUUGCCCUUUGACUAGUGAACUCUUCUGGUCUGUUGUUCAGAGUGGACUAGUCAAUGGUGACUCCCUCACACGUAAAAGAUCCAUGUAUGUGGUACGAAAAAUUCUGAGUUGCUAUGUCCAUUCCGAGUUAGAGAUACAGACAAAGCUCUUCCACUGUGCACAUAAAGAACAGCUAGAGUCAUGGAGAGUUCUGUUGAUCAUUCUAGAAGUUCUUGAAGAGAAGCAGCCGCAUGCUGUGAAGCCAGCUCUGGCAAAAUUCUGCACAGUGCUGGAGCAGUACAAUCCUUCAGAUCACAUGCACGUCUCCUGGAUCCUUACAGUUUUUCACCGAAUGUUUCUUCAUGAGAGUCGAACUGUUGUCAAGUGGGCCCUCUCAAAGUUCAUGGGCACAGAAUCUGUCAUCAAGUUCAUGUUUGAGGAAAAUGAACAUAAGUUUCUCUGUGGUCCGUUGGUCGAUGUGCUGAACAAGCCAGGCUUAUUCACAAGGGAAGAAGGAGAUCUCUUUGGAUCGCCCAUGCUACUGGCAAAGUGCUUGACCAAUUUUCUGGAACUUUGUGAAGUCCAGCUUUCUCGUGCUGACCAGUUUAGAACCUUUGUUCCCAACCUGUUUGCAGCUGUGGUAAAGCAGACUUGGAAUGGUGUGUCACUUGUCCAUGUCAGCUUUGCACUUUCCCACCUGCGACCGAUGCCAGUUCUGAGUGGGGACUUGUUGCACAGUAUUGGCAACAUGCUCACAAACAUUCAGCGCUUUCAAGAGCCUAUUCUACGUGCUGCAGUGCAAUGCUACUGGCUUGACAUCUCUCUACGACUCAUUGACCCGGAUAAAGUGACCUUUGAAGAGCUGUCAACUUUCCUUAGUGUGUUCAAGCAGGACGGCACAUUGAAAAGGGGAACAGAGCAGUGGAAUAGAACAGCACAAAGAAUUGGAGAACUCAACAACAUGCAAGCCGUUGACUUUGUCCGUGGAUCCAUAAGAGAGAUACUUGAAUGUGACGCUGACUGCACAAAGCAGGGCAUUUGCAGGGUGGCUCGGAUAGCAGUGAUGUUGCACGAUUGUGGGGUGCUUGCUCAACCAUCGCAGUGGGAGGAGCUGUUGGGUGAUUCUAUCUGCAUCCUGUCUUCGGCUGCUAGCAGACCCUACCUGUCACUGCACAGGAAGCAGGCAGCUAUGGCUCUCUUUUUGGCACUGCAAGAAGAAGCAACAUCACUGUUUGAUGAUUCUUUUCAGCAUGAGAUCAUGGACCUGCUAAGUCCCUUUGCAGAAGUGAUGUACGAACAUGUCUACAGUUCUGCCUUUGCUCCCUUGACAAAUAUGAAUGAUUUCCAAGCUUCUCUUACCUACUUCCACUUUCUCGAUGUUCUGUCUGCACGGCCCACAUUCAGGAGCCUGUUGUACACGCUAAUGAAUGAGGGUCUUCAUAAGUGCUCGCUGUUGCUUGAAGAGAAUUCAGUGGGGAGCACGAUAUCUGUCUGGAGAUUCCUCUCAUGGGCAGCAACACAUUUUCCAGAGAAGAAGCAGGAUGUAGACAGAAUAGUAGUGGCUAGCAUCAUGAGUGGUGGCUUGGGGCAACCCCUGCACAGGCCACUGGAAUGGAACAUACAGGACUCAAUAUUAAAAGCACAGUGGGUUACCAUAGAGACAUCUAUAAUGGAGCUAAUAUGGGACACAAUCCGGAAAACAUCCCUGUGCGCAGCACACUGCAAAACGGUGACUGCUCAAGCUAUGGAAGCCUUACAGAUAUCUGCACAGGAAUCCUCUCUGCACAUUCUUAGAGCAUUGGCCUCUGUCACAGCAAAGCUGGAGGAAGAAAUUGACGUUGCCCUGUUGACAAGGUGCUUUGAGCUGUCCUGGCAAACGUGCAAAGAUCUCAAAAAGAGCAACCUGUUCCGCCCGUCAGUUGAGACCUUUGUUGCCAUAGCAUUUCAGCCGCAGUUCCUUCGGUCAGAAUUGAAGAAGCAUCUUAUGCAGAUCAUAGAAGACAUUCAGGAGCUCGGAGAGGUCAUCCCUGGUGUGUUUAAUGCCCUUGUGAAACACCUCCUGUCCAUUUGGAGGAGUCCAGGAAACCAAGACCUCCUGGAAGAAUGCCCAAAUACACUUGUUAAGGCACUGACUUAUGGCCCCAUCUAUCGCAAGGACCAAAAAUCUGUUUUUGACACUGAAGCAUUUGUAGCAUCGCAAGGGAACACUCUAGCUGUGAAUCAGCUUUUAAAGAGUGAACACAAGUUGGAUGCAGAGGUACGGAUUCGGGGCAUCACAUUUAUUGUCCAGCUAAAUCCAGCUAUCGACUGUGACCUCGCUGCGAAGCUUUGCAACGCACUGUUGGCCCAUGACAAAGGGGUGUCGUCUGUGAGAAAACGCUACUUUGGAAACUCUGCUGUGCACAGAAUGAAAAACCGCGUCUGGCAGGCCAUUCUCUGCUUGCAGUAUCUCCUGGAUGAGAAAACAGCAGGAAAUCUUUUGGAGACUGUCUACACUGACCUGGCUGAUGAGAGCCAGCAGCCCUCAGUGCGCACACUUCUCGAGAUCACAGCCGUCAGACUGCUGCUGCGAUUCCCUUCACUGCGAGCUGCUCUGAUUCCUGCCAUGAAAAAGGCGAGCAGCAAGCGCACUGGCAGUGUGUGCUCUUUUGUUGCAAUGCUUGUGCAUCUCUCUUCAUCAUUGGAGUUGGAUCAACUGGAGGCCCAUCUGCUAGAAUUCCUUCCUGAGCUGCUGCCAUGGAGCAUGGGACAACAUUUCAAUGCUAGAGUUUAUGCCCAGGUGGCACUGCACUUAGCUGCUCAGUGGAGCACACAGCAUGAACUCGGAAAAGUGCGGGAAAUGUACCACCCCGUGUUUCUCUCCAUUGAAAGAGACAUCGGAAAUUGGUCCAAGAAUGUGCAAAAGCUCCUGGAUGACUUUUACUUCAGGGUAUUCAAUGCUGCAAAGCACUGGACCGCAGAGGCUAUUUUCUACGACCUUCCACGACUUACAGGUCUCACUGACCAGGAGUUGGUGUCAGUGCAAGCAAUAGAGGAGCUCAUGCUUGAAGACCAAGCUGACACAUUUCUUCCGCUGAGGAACCCCGAUGACGUGCUGAGUGCAUCUUGCCCAAGUUUCUGGAUAGAUGGCGAACAAGAAGUCAGUGUAAGCAGAGAAGGUGAUUUCCAGAAGAAAAUUACGCCCUGGAAGCAGAACCUCUCAGCGGACUACUCAGAACGUCAGUCAUCUUCAUCCCACAAGGGUGACAUUGUUGUUGUUGCAUCAUUGAUUGAUCGCAUUCCAAACCUAGGAGGACUCUGCAGGACAUGCGAAGUAUUUGGAGCCCACACAUUUGUCCUCAACAGUCUAAAGCACAUGGAAGACCGCCAGUUCCAAAAUCUUAGUGUUUCCUCUGAGACAUGGCUCUCUGUAGAAGAGGUGAAAGCUCACCAGUUAAGGGAGUACCUUCCUCAGAAGAAGGAUGAGGGUUACACACUUGUGGGAUUGGAGCAGACAACUGGAAGCCUGCCACUUCAGCAGUACAGAUUCCCUAAGAAAUCUCUUCUGCUUCUUGGAAAUGAGAAAGAAGGACUACCCGUCGAGCUGAUACAGCUGUUGGACGUGUGUGUGGAAAUACCGCAGCAAGGAGUUGUGCGAUCCCUCAACGUCCAUGUCAGUGGAGCUAUCGCAAUUUGGGAGUACACAAGACAACACCAGCUGUCUUUAUAGCAUCUGUGCAAUGUAUGUCUCACCAAAAUCUGCCUUACUGAGACCUGCCAUGUUUACAUUCACUAACAGUGAUGAAACAUUUUUGUACACGUAGACAGGUGGCAAAUAAACACUCCUUGUGUUUUCUGUCGA